AUGGUCACCGCCCGCUGCCGCAACCCCGACGUGCCCAGGCGCACGGUGCGCGUGGCCGGCUGCCCCGUCCAGACCACGGUGACCGCGCGGUUGGCCAUCGUGCGGCGAUGGCUGUACACCACCCUGUGGCUCCAGCGCCGCCGCCUCCACUCCUCCUCCGGCCUCACCGCGGGCCUGGGCGUGCAGUGGACGCCGCCCUUCGGCCGCAGGCUCCCCGCCGGCGCCGAGCCGCGCCCGGACACGCUGCAGCUGUGCGUCGGCAACCGCUGCCUGAUCUUCCAGCUCGCGCGGGCCGCCAGCGGCGCGGUGCCGCAGAUCCUGCGCCGGUUUCUUGCCGACGCCCGCGUCACGUUCGCGGCGUGCAACGUGGAGUCGGACCGCCGGAAGCUGCGCGCGCACCACGGGCUGCAGGUUCGCUCGGCGCUGGAGCUCCGCGCCGCCGCCCCCCGCGGCAUGGGGAACGCGUCCAUGGCGACCGUGGCCGAGAGGCUGCUGGGGAUGCGGGGGCUGGAGAAGCCCGGGAAGGUCGGCGCCAGCCGGUGGGACGCGCCGAGGCUGUCUCGGAAGCAGGUGCGGUACGCGGCCGCCGACGCCUACGUCUCGUGCCGCCUCGGCGUGCACUUCCGCCGCCGCGCCGCCAUGGCGAGUGACGAUCAAGAGUCGGAGCCCGAGUAUUAUUCCGACGAAGACGUCCGGUGUACGGCGCGCGACGAGGUGUCGCCGGAGCCGGAGUACGAGCACGGCGAUUGCUGGGGGCGAUUUGUUGGAUUCCUGGAAAGAGUGAGCGAUGACGACGACCCGCAUGGGGAGGCAGCAGUCGUCGACGAUCAUGUGUAUGAUAGUAUGUGCUCUUCUUUGGUCUACUGA